AGCCGGCCGCGGCCGUGUCCUUUUUACCCGCUUUCACCUUUUUUUUUUUUUUGGAGCACCCUCGGGGGUGACGCGAGCGCUCCGCUAUUCGGGAUUUCAGCGAGGGAGAGGCUCUCGCGGGGGCCUCCACGUGCUCGCAGCUGAGCAAUUUCCUUUUGUCCCGCUGGCAGGUGACUCAAAGCGGGAGCGAGCAGCUGGCCGCGCCGUUAGCCGGUGGCCGCAGCCUCGGGAGAUGAGUUGUGGAAUUUCCAUCCAAGUCGGGAUUAGGCUCCGGAGAUGGCAGCGGCACAAAGCACGCCGGGGGAGCGCAGGAGAAGAGGAAAUCGUUCGCGGCGACUCAUCCUGUGGUUGGGUGAUUCAGGGGUCUGCCGGUGGUGGUCACAAAGGCACGUGGCUCACUGCAUCGUCUUUUGUGUGCUGCGCAGGAUGCACACUGUCUCCGAAAAUUAAUCCUGGCCUUCGGAUUUUUGUCCGGUGAAUUAUUUCCAGAAAGGAGUCACUGUAUUUUCUGGAACGAAUAUUGUGAAAUUCUUUACAGUGGGCGAGUUUUCAGCUGGUGAUUUAUCAACCAAGUAUUUUACAGGCUCGUAGUUAAAGGCUCUUUUGAAAGAAGAAAAAAAAAAAAUAUAUAUCCUGUGCGAUAGGGAAAGUAAAAGCACCUCGGUUUCCAAAUGAUGGAGGAAUAACCGAAAGAGCUAGUUCUUGGAAUAGGAGCUCCAUUGGCACUCGGUGGUGAUUUCCUGUGCAUUCGCUGCGAGAAGCACUCGGUGAUGUGAGUAGGUGGUACUAAAGGGUUAUUACGAAACCAAUUUUCAACCAGACGUUUUGAGUCAUGGAUCGGGAAGAAGGCUAGCAGCUUCGGAGCUCUCUCUUUGUUCGAGCAGCGCGCCUGCGAGGCGCAGGCAGGAUGCUCCCGGGACGGAGCGGGGACAGGUUUGGCACCGGGACCGUGCCCUUCUUCGUGCCGCCGCGCGCCCGCGAUGGGCACGGGGCUGGAGGAGCCGGGAGCAGCGGGCAAGGUGCACGGCGAGCACUUCCCUGCUUGUGUUUUUUAUCUGUAAGUAUUUGCUCGUGGCUUUUCCCAGCCGUGAGAGACAAAAUGGAGCCGUGUCAGGGCGGACGUCUGCGCCGGGGCGAGGUGGUUUUUUGGGAGCCCGCUCGGUUCUGUCCUGCGAGCAGCUGAGCUGCCACUGGCAGCAGACAGUUGGCUUCUCCAUCAGGCAGGGGGAAAAGAAAAAAGAAAAGAAAAGAAAAGAAAAGAAAAGAAAAGAAAAGAAAAGAAAAGAAAAGAAAAGAAAAGAAAAGAAAAGAAAAGAAAAGAAAAGAAAAGAAAAGAAAAGAAAAGGGGGCGUUGAAGGGAAUUGGUCUGGCUCCUAAACCGAAGGAAUUGUUGACCUACUGACUCAGUUGUGAAGAAUUAGGGAAACAGUCUUAUUGUGGUUUCUUUUGUUGGUGGCAGAUUCAGAAGGCAGCUGUGAGCGGCCGGGCAGGACCAGCACAGGAGAGGUGCUUCUGGUACCUGCCGCCUCUAGCCUGGGGCUCGUCUGCCAGCAAGGAGCCGACUUCACCUAACACCUGGGCUCGGUUUCGGAUGCUUCUCCUGGCAGUGCAGGGGGGCAGGUGCAGGAAGCUACGACAGCGAAAGAGCCUUACUAAUUUUCUCAAGGCUUGGGAUUAUGCAGUGGAGCAGCGUGUUUUAAACGCUACGGAGAAAGUUCACAACACCAUGGUCAAAAGCCUGGUGCAAACAGAGGACUGCUCCAGCCUGGACACGCAGGAAGCUGCUGGAACAGUCGGCGUUGCAGAGAGGCAGGUCGUGCCUUCGAGGGGUGCUGCUCCCACCUUCGCACCGGUGCUGAUCUCCCGAGAAUGCUUUCCAUAUGCCAAAGGAAGAACACGGAGGGAAAGCCUAUUUAUAAAUGUGUACCGACUGAAAGGUGAGCAAGAGCCCAUCCCUCGAAGUUCUCCCCGCGAUGCCACCACUGCUGCUGAUUCUGCUGCAGAUCUCCUCCAGCUGCCUUUGGUUGGGAUGUGGUGAGGUGGUGACGUCCUUUGAAAGCUCAUGCCCGCAGUUUUUCUUCCGGGAAACCCCCCCGAAUGAUGCCCUGGAGCCGGAGAACCCAGCCUGGAUCUGCCAGCGCUACAAGAACCAGUAUUACUUUGCCACCCUGUACGACAGGAGCAGGCGUAUUCCCGUGUACUCUGCUUACUUGUACCAGCCUGGGCCCGGCACAAGACCUAAAACAUGGCUGGUUGAGCCCCAGCUGAUGGGCUUAAGUUAUCCCAAAACAAUGGAAAAGGAAUGGACCCUGUUGAAUUAUUUCAACGUCACUUUAGAGCAGCUUGGCAAGAGCCAGGCUGUCCUGCAGGACUACAAGAACCUGACAGGUCUGAACCGCGGCCACCUCAACCCCAGCGGCCACCACCCCGACUCCAUCAGCAGGACGGCUACCUUCAGCCUCACCAACAUAAUCCCCCAGGAUGAGAAACUCAACGGCGGUGCCUGGAACAACUACGAGCAGCAAACCAUGAUGAGGAGGACUCAGGACUGCAAUGCCACCUACGUCGUGGUGGGCGCCGUGCCUGGGAACAACUACAUCGCCAAGGGCAGGGUCAACAAACCCAGCCACAUCUGGUCGAGCGCCUGCUGCGAGGUGGACAACAACUACAGGAAGGCUUGGGCGGUCAUUGCUGAGAACGACAAGAACGAGGUCCAUCUCCUCACACUGGGGGAGCUGGAGGAGGUGUUGACCCAGCUCUAUGGGAGGAACCAGGUUUCUCUCUUUGAUAACGACUGUCCCCGGGAAUGAGCCUCGUUGCACCUCCUGGGUGUAAGAGGGAGCCAUUAGCAGCACCGUGUGCACUCUGUGCCAUUCAUCCUUCCUUCUCUAGCUCUGUUUAUCAGAACAUCUUCUCUGAAAAAAAAAAAAAAAAAAAAGGAAGGAAGAGGCCAGCAGAGCCCCUACCUGGUUUGCUUUCCUACUCUGCUGCCCACCCUUGCAAUGUACUUCCAUGGAAGGGUCUCUGGAAGCUCUGGAGGGGCAAUCUGAUUAAAAGCCCAUGGGCAAAGAAAUUCGAGCUUGUCACUAAGACUAAGAUUUUUAUUUUUUUCCCCUUUUUCUCCAUGCCCAUAAACAGACUGUAGUCCUUCUCCUCUUUAUUCGGCAUGAUUGAUAGCAUGCUGCUGACUUCUCCCUCAUCUCCUUGGGAAAGAUCUCAGGAUAGGGUGGCUCAGGUGGCCCAGAGAGGUUGUAGAGUCUCCAGCUCUGGGGAUAUUAAAAACCCAGCUGGACAUGGUCCUGGAUGACCUACUCUAUCUGACCCUACUUGAACAGGGGUUUGGGCUAGAGGAUCUCCAGAGGCCCCUUCCAACCUCAGCCAUUCAGCGAUGCUGUGAUCGAUUCUGGAACAAGCAAAGAGCCCAGGGAUUGCUGAUAGUCUGUAAUAUCCUACAAAUAGAUUCUGACAGACACAGCCAAGGACAACAUCAAAGGAUAGAGGUAGAGAGGAAAGUGGAAAGAAGACAGGAGGAAAGAAGGAAGGCAACUUAUCAUAGGAGGAACACCCCAGCUCUCCUGAGGUCUGCACCAAGGUAAAACACGGAGAAGGAAUGAAAUAACCUACAUCAAAUCACUAGGCUCCCUAAUCCUGAGCUUACAUGAAGGCCAUGCGAUCUCCUAGCAGAUUUUUUUGUUUGCGUGCUUUUGGACCCUGUAUCUUGAGAACAAGUGCUGAGGUAACAGGCAACCAGGCUCAAGGAGCAAAUAUACAGCAGACUUUAACUAGUCAAAGAUGAAUUUUGGCAAUAUGCUGGUGGGAUAGCUUCAGUCUCUGCUCUACUUCUGAACCUUUUCCACAGAUUUAUAUGUAAUUGAUUUUUUUUCCGUUGUAAGAUCUGUUCAUUGGUAUAAAAAGUCAAUAUAUGGCAUAUAAUUUA